AUGAAAAUGAUGGCAUGGUUAUUCGAUCUGAGCGCUGAGCGUCCGGGACCUCUUGGAAUUGGAGCCGGGUAUGGUACGCUUAACGAAAAUGUGAAGGGGUUCGCGCGCUCGAGCCCGACACUGGUAUCGGAAAUAUGUUCGAAGGUUGGGCCCGACCUGGGGCGUAAACUGCAGAGCGCAUCGGGGAAAACUUGA